AAAAAAAUCCCACAUUUUUAAAUAUGCAUUUUAACCAAAAUCUGCCUAAAGUGGUGCAGAUGUUUUACAGUGCAGAGAAGAUCAAAAGACAGAUGUUUAUAACCCUUUCAUCACUGAAAGUGACUUUUACAUAUUGGUUAUUUAUCAUGGCUGAAGCAGAAGAGGAUGAACUUUAAUGAGGUUUUCUCUUUAUUUAUGUAUUUAUUAUUCUCGCUCAGUGACAGGGAUGCAGUUUGACUGACAGGUGUCUGAGAAUAGUUUUUUUGUAUCACUCGUUAUUUCCACUGAGUCGUUUACGCCAGACGCUCAGUAACUGGUCACCGGUUAUUUCGGCGGCUGUGAUCGUCCCUGCGUGCUGACGUCACGCUAUAAGGAGCCAGCGGUGCCGGGGCGGCAGGCAGAGAAGUGAGGGCAGGACAGAGGGAGAGAAAGAGAGAGACAGAGGGAGACAGAGGGGCAGACCGGCCGGACCAUGUUGCUGUGAUAUUCUCCAUGUGUUUGCUCAUCAUCCCGUGACUGACCACGGCCGUAGCUGAGUAAGUGCGGGGGGGGGUCCCCGAGUCCCAGUCCAGAGAGUGUAUGUUUGUGCGCAGCUAUGGGGAAGGACUACUACAAGACCCUGGGCAUCCCCAAGGGCUCCAACGAGGAGGAGAUCAAGAAGGCCUACCGACGCAUGGCGCUGCGCUUCCAUCCCGACAAGAACAAGGACGCCAACGCCGAGGAGAAGUUCAAGGAGAUCGCGGAGGCCUACGAGGUGCUCAGCGACCCCAAGAAGAGGGUGGUCUAUGAUCAGCUGGGAGAGGAAGGUUUGAAGACAGGAGGCAGCAGCUCCUCAGGUGUCCCUGGCAACUCAACACACCACUACACCUUCCAUGGAGACCCCCACGCCACCUUCGCCUCCUUCUUCGGUGGCUCCAACCCCUUUGACAUGUUUUUUGGCUCCAACCGCAGCCACAGUCGCUCCAACGGCUUCUCCCACCACAACCACAAUGACCACAGCAACGACAUGGAGCAGGACAUGGACAUGGAUGAGGAUGACCCCUUCACUCACUUUGGAAGACAGUUUGGCUUUCCAGGAGGGAUGAACAACGGAUUCCCUGGGGAGGGACGCAGGAGGAGGGGGGCGCCGUCAGAGUCCCUGGGCACCAGCAGAAAGCACCAGGACCCCCCAGUGGUCCACGAGCUGAAGGUCUCGCUGGAAGAGAUCUUCCACGGCUGCACCAAGCGCAUGAAGAUCACCCGCCGCAGGCUGAACCCGGACGGCCGGAGCAUGAGGACAGAGGACAAAAUCCUCAACAUCAUCAUCAAGAAGGGCUGGAAGGAGGGGACCAAGAUCACCUUCCCGAAAGAGGGGGACGAGACCCCCGAGAACAUUCCUGCCGACAUAGCCUUUGUGCUCAGAGACAAAGGUCACGUCCACUUCAAGAGAGACGGUUCCAAUAUCAUUUAUAACUGCAAGAUCAGUCUAAAAGAGGCAUUGUGUGGGUGCACGGUGAGCAUCCCCACGCUGGAAAACCGCAUCAUCUCCCUUCCCUGUCACGACAUCAUCAAGCCGGGGACGGUGAAGCGACUCAGAGGAGAAGGCUUGCCUUUGCCCAAGAACCCGUUACACCGUGGUGACCUCAUUGUGGAGUUUUCAGUCCGUUUCCCUGACAGGAUCCCCCCCCAGUCCAGAGAGAUCAUCAGACAACACCUCCCCCAGUCAUAGGAGGACUCACCUCCAACCUCUCCAGCCACCGCACACUCCAGCCUAAACCCAGAAACACAACCCUUACCAAUCCUUUAUCCUGUCGUCCCUUAAAGUUUGACCCUUAUUUUGAGUCCACCUUCACAUGUCUUGUGUUGACGCACACAGCAUUAAAGAGACGCUGUGGUUUGUAGGGACUUCUCAGUGGGAGGAUGAAGGAAGGAUGCCAACACGGUAUCAGGGUGUAGUUAUUUGUGUUUGUUUUGUCUUUUGGCACAAGCACGCACACACACAAACACCCGAGCGGUGGAGCAGUGCUGAGGGAUGGGCUCAGCACAAUCCAGGCUUUUACCGAAACUUCUUUUCUUAACUGUUUUUUACACAUCAAUCGGUGGUUUUAUAAACUGUCCAACUCUCCGAUCCUCGUCUUUUUGUGAUAGGAUGAAGUGUGAGAUGUUUUUUAAUAAGAGACAUGUUUUUUCAGGAUUUUUUUUUUUUCCAAAGGAGGUUUCAAAUUGAAUUAUUUAUUUUUAACUUGAGUGUUCCAGCAGCAUUCAGCGUGUUCAGUGCCAUCCCCAUAACUCUCCCGCUGCCACUCGCUUUUCUCAUGAAGCAUCGUGCUAGAAGUCUGUAGGCUGUCUUACUGUUUAGUACAAUCUGUCAGUUGUGUUCAUUACUCCAAAUAACACUAGCAUGUCUCAGCUGCGUUGGAAAAUCUGGGAGUGACAAUCACAUUCUGUAACAGCAGUAUAAGCUUGGAUAAUACAGUCUGCACAUAAUAUGGGUGCUUCCCCUUCUGAGCCGCACGGCCUGGCUUCAUAUCUGAGGAACAUUUUGGUGCCUUAGCCCUGUGUCAUACCACAUACGUGCACACACACAUGCACACAGACCACACUGUAGAACGACAGUGUGAUACAACCAGCCAUGUUAAGUGCACAACAGACGAUGCCCUAUUGCUGUGUUAGACGCGAGCACUGGGAGCUGGUGACCUUGGGGAAAACAUCAAAAUCAAUCACCACAUUUUACCGUAUGUGAGCGAGGACGUGUUUGAAAGAGAGAUCUGAUACAAGACUGAUGAAUUUAGCCAAUACAUCCCUGUAAAGUGCCGUACAAAUACAGGCUGGAUUUCCCAGAGGAACGCAAACAUGAAUAAAUCUGAAGUAAUGAGUUUAUAUUCCUCUAGGAAACCCAGCUUUGUUGUGUAUAAUCAGCUUUCUCCUGUGCCAUCUGAAGGCUGUGUCCCUGGUGCUACUGUGAGCUGUGCCAAAAAUAGACCAUCGUGGUUCCUACUUUUUGGUUUCAUGGAGUCCUCGUUUCGUGAUUUGAUGACUGCCUCUGUCCUCUGUAACAUCUCCACAUCGAACGUUACGCCUGGUUUUGUUUUUAGUAGAAAAACCCUGUUUAGGAAACAGGUUUUGUAAUAUUGCAGCAGUUCUCUGUCUCAGCUGCAGGGGGCUCUGAAAGCUCUCUUAAGCGCUUCCUACUGUACUUUACAACCAUGAUAAUAUGUGUGUGUUAGGAUGGUUUAGACAGAUAUACUGUAUAUCACGUGAGAAAAUGUUUGAAUGCAACAUGUUGAAAAAUGCACUUUGUAUGUCGUAAGAGAUGAAACUAUGAGACGGUGGGAGAGACUUGAGUGACUUGUCUUGAGUGUGUGAGCGUCCUGCGUCUUCUCUGAGCCUCAGAGGACGUCGGACCGCGGCUGCGACCAGGAGGCACAUGUGCUGCUGCUGCUGCUGCUGAAAGACUCGCCGUCACUGCUUCUGUGCAUUUGAAGAUAUUUAUGAUCUUUUCAAAAUUAGAAACAAAUAAACCAAAUGUGUGAAGUUAA